CCGUUUCCUUGGCGGUGGCCGUGGCCGUGGCGGUGGCGGUGGCUGCGGGCGGAGUCGCCUGUGGUCCGAGCGCCUGCACUGAGAACCUGCUCUGGGUAUUUUGCUGUCAACAUUGAAUACACUUCCAUGGAAUCUCCAGACCCCGAGAGACUAUUACAGUGCCCUUAUGAUAAAAAGCACCGCAUCAGGGCCUGCAGGUUUCCAUAUCACCUUAUCAAGUGCAAAAAGAAUCAUCCUGAUGUUGCAAAACAACUGGCUACAUGUCCAUUCAAUGCUCGUCACCUGGUUCCAAGGGCUGAACUGAGUCAUCAUAUCUCAAUAUGUGAUGACAGGUGUUGUAUAGAGCAGGAUGUGGUCAUCCCCACCAGGAACCCUGGAGAAGACACUCUGCCUAAGAGCACAUUGCAGCACCCUCCUUGUGAUGAAGACUGGGAUAAAGAAUUGGCUGAAGAGAAUAACACCACCCCAUUUAUCUGGGGCACAACCAGUUUCUGUGACAAUAAAUGUCCUGCAAGCAACACAGCUAUGGAACAUAAAAGUAAUCUGGCAUCAGGCAAGCAAGUUCCAAAGACUCAGCCAUGGAAAAACAGUGGAUAUGGACAGUAAAUGAACAUCUUUCACAAAUGCCAGAAUCUAGAAGAAUCUUCAUUAUCCCUCCUAUCCAAGGAUUCUUACUUGCUUUUUUCCAAGUUUGAUGAUAUAUAAAGUAAACUGCAUGAUUUUCAAGCAUAAAAGUAUCUGCUCUACUUUUUCCUCUGUAUGUCUGUAAUGCCUCAGUUAUUUGAUCCCAGAAUCCUCCUGAACAUUGCUAAGUUAGAUACCUUAACAGUUUAAAUAUCUACUGUGCAAAAAUAAAAGACCACACCAUUGUAGUUACUGGAACAUACUGUUGUACUGUUAUCAUAAACAAUCUAGCUAAAGUAGACUGGAAACAUAGGUUGCA